AUGCUGGGGGAACUAAUAUUUCUUUUUAGAAGUCUCCAUGGGAUACUUGCCUCCUCAGGCACCAUAGGAGCAGUGGCGGCUUGGCUGAUAAACUAUAAGCCAGCCUUGUUUGGGUUCUUACUCCUUCUGCUGUUGCUUACCAACUGGCUGGUCAAGUAUGAACACAAGCUCACCCCCUCAGAGCCCCAGCAGGAGGAGGCAGAGACACCAAAGGCUUCUGAAAACAAACCCAACACCAAUGCCAUAAGCAGGAAAGAAGUGGAGAGGAUGCACGCUUGCUUCGCCCUCCAGGACAAAGUCUUAGAACGGCUUUUGUUCAACGAAAUGAAACUGAAGGUCUUAGAAAAUCAGAUGUUCAUCGUAUGGAAUAAAAUGAAUCGCCACCGGCGGUCAAGCAGACAUCGGAAUUUACCCACAAGGAGACACAGAAUGAGGAGGCAAGAACGGACUUUCUCCACCCUCUCCGAUUGUACUUCCAACUCCCCACCCUGAUGAGGCUGAGGGGGGCUGGCCUGCGC